AUGUCACGCAAGGAUGAUGGAAAUAAUUUGUUUUCCCCUCUCGCCUUAUACUUCCGAGGUGAUGAUUUUCCGACUGAAAAGAAGGGUGAGAAAACCAUGAUUGGACAGCAUGGGUGGCUUGAGUGCACAGAGCAAACCGACUAUGAUAAGAAUAAGCAAACACCACAGAAGAAGACACGGAUCUUAGAUGGCUUCCGAAAGAUUGCGAAGGAAAUGCUACACCAAAGCCGACGAAUUCAGCCAGUUGCAAGAGGAACAGUGGGUACACAUGUCGCAGUUUCACUGGAUCCUAGAGAACAAAGCCUUUUAUACUGUGAGCUCGAGUUCCACCUAACAACGGCUUUAAAUAUGUACGUCAGCGAAGAGCUCGACAAGGGUCACCUCUCCCCAGACAAUCUAAAAAAGGUAUCGGAUGAAUGGCACCAAAAAGGCCAUCAUAAAGUAAUUGGCUUCAGAUAUGAUCUAGAGACACAGCUGGAGCUUGUCAGUCUUCAUAUUAAUGACUUUAGCUUCCAUGGUCGUCGACAAGGUAAUACUACCGAGAUUGCUCUUCUGCUCGACGAGAUGAAAAUGAAUGCACGCAGUAUGCGUGUCCGGACAUUUUGCCAACCGGAUUCCACUAUUGCAAAGCACCUAGUUGAUUCGCAAUCGCUGUUCAAUCUGAUUAACGCUUCAACCAGUCAACAAAUUGCACUAGCAGAGAUAGCCCGUUUUUUUAAGUUACUAAUAAAGUAA